AGCAAACUGUUUGUCUUGACCUUGUAAUUCAAAUUAUUUUAAGUAGUUCUGUAAAGCAAAGUUUCCAUAAUUAACAUAAUUACAUUUCAAGUAUAUUUGUAGGUCUGCACUUCGCGCUGAGGGGAGGGAAGGAGCACAGGUCCUUGAGGAUGUUCAGGAACCCCAAGUUACCGUGCGUGCCUACAAAAACUGAGAAAAUCACGACCGCUGUUAUGUACGACUGUUUGUGAAGUACAAGUCACUGUGUGAAGACGGAAAGAAUACUGACUACUUCUAUUUCACUCCCCGAACCAUGCUGAAGGAUGGAAAAUGGUACCUACAGACACCUGUUGGGCAUAGCACGCUCCAAGCCACGGUCAAGCGCCUGUGCAAAGAAGCUGGUUUGGAAGGCACCAAGACAAACCACCCUCACAGAGCCACGGCUGCUACAAGGCUUUAUCAAGCCAACGAAGAUGAACAGAUGAUCUGCGAGAUAACUGGUCACAAGAGCGAAGCUGUGCGAAGCUACAAACGUACAUCGGACGUACAGAAGGCUAACAUGUCUGACAUCCUGUCAAAUGCACCUAAGCGACUUCAGUCGGAGACGGCGACAACUGCAUCGGAAGGGACAACCGGGUGCGUGGUAACGGCAAAGACGGCGACAACCGAGUCGGUGAACAAGGACAAGGCAGAUGUCGUGUUCAAUGUUAAAAUCUCGUAAAUGUAAC